UUACAUAACCUAAAAGGUUGUACAGAAGAAAAUAACAUUUUUUGUUGAUAUUUUAGGAAUAAAUGUUAUUAUUUCGCAAAUUAUCGUCACAAAUCUUACGUAGUGAUCAUUUAGUUUUCAAUAAAAAUAUCUUUAAAUCAAUUCUUGGUCAAAAUCGUUUAAACUCAAGUUCUAACCACAACGAAGUGUUGUUUAAAACAUUAAAAAUGGAAAAAAAAGCUGGAAAAUAUUUAUCCGAUAUUUCAAAAACUCUCCAGGAAUAUGCUCCAUUAGAAUACGCUGAAAGUUGGGAUAAUGUGGGUCUUUUAGUAAAUCCGAUGUCAAACGAACCUAUUCAAAAUGUUUUAUUAACAAACGAUCUAACCGAGAUCGUAGUGGAAGAAGCUAUAAAAUUACAAACUGGGUUAAUAAUAACAUAUCAUCCAAAUAUAUUUCGAGGAUUGAAGAGUGUUUCAAAUACAUCUUGGAAAGAACGAAUAAUUAUCCAAUGCAUUAAGAAUAAAAUUGCUGUGUAUUCUCCACAUACUUCAUGGGAUAAUGUUAGAGGCGGUGUUAACGAUUGGCUAGUUAAAGCAUUUCCAGUUAAAUCGCAUAAUAUUGAGUUUAUCAAAGAAAAUCCAAAUUAUAAUAUGGUAGGAUCCGGUAGAAUUUUUAGUUUAGACGAACCAAUCAGUGUUUCAAAAGCUGUAGAUUUAGUAAAGAAACAAAUCGGGUUGGAUUAUGUUCGAUUAGCUUUAGGAACAAACAAAACAGAAUCUUCGGACAUUAAUGUGAUUGCUUUAUGUGUGGGAUCCGGAAGUUCCGUUUUAAGUGGGGUCAAAGCCGACUUAUAUGUAACAGGAGAGAUGCUUCAUCAUGAUAUUUUAGAUGCAACCCAAAAUGGAAUUAAUGUCAUUUUAUGUAAUCAUAGCGAUUCCGAAAGAGGUUUCUUAAAGAAAUUUAAAACCAUUUUCACAUCACUUUUAAAUAAUGAUGUAAACGUUUUUGUUUCCGAAGUCGAUAAAGAUCCUCUAAAAACGGUUUAAAAUACAAAUAUUUGUCUCAAAACAAUAUUAAUUAAUGUUAUAAAUUGUUUUGAGAUGUUUAAUGUUACAAUUUCAAAAUAAAUAAUUUGUAUGUGG